GGUUACAUUUGUGUCCAGCCGCUGUCACAGACGAAGACAUCCCUCUUUAAACCCAAAACCCUAACACAUCCUUUUCGUUCGCUCUUAUAAACAAACACUCGUAACAAAAUUUCCCUCAAAUUUUCAAUCCGAAGACCUAACCAUGGCUACAACAAGCUACAAGAAGAACUAUCGUUGUGUACCAUCACUUGAACAGUUCUACUCACAAGGAAGUGCUUUCGCAGUAUCAUCAGAUGGAAGUUUUCUAGCAUGUGGUUGUGAUGAUAAAAUCAAAAUCGUUGAUUCAUCAAAUUCUUCUAUUAUAAAAACUCUUGAAGGAGAUUCAGAACGUGUUACUGCUCUGACUCUUAGUCCUAAUGACAAAUUUCUAUUUUCUGCCAGCAGUAGCAGACUAAUUACUGUCUGGGAUCUCUCUACUUCCAAACCUUUGCGUCAAUGGAAGGGACAUGAAGGAUCUUUAAGGGCUAUGGCUUGUGAUGCUUCAGGGGGGAUACUUGCUACAGCAGGAGAAGAUAGAUUAGUUCGUGUUUGGGAUGUUGAUGGAGGUUUUUGCACUCAUAAUUUUAAAGGUCAUGAGCAGGUUGUGACUAGUGUUUUGUUUCAUCCUAAUCAACUGUGGUUGUUUUCGGGAAGUGAUGAUGGAAAAGUUCGAGUUUGGCAUCUUGUAAGUAGAAAAUGUAUUGCAGUGUUUGAUAAACAUUUCUCAACUGUGACGUCGUUGGCUUUGUCCGAAGAUGGAUGGACCUUGCUCAGUGGUGGGAGAGAUAAGGUAGUGAACUUGUGGGAUCUGCAUGAGCGUAACUUCGAGAUGACCGUUCCAACGUAUGAGAUGGUUGAAACUGUCUGUGUUAUCCAUCCCGGAACACACUUUUAUUCUUCACUGGGUUUAAAUGAAAAGAGCACUGCAAAGAAAAAGAAAAGUUCACCACCAGUUUUUUUUCUCACUGUCGGCGAGCGUGGGGUUGUGAGGAUAUGGAACUCAGAAGGAGCUAUCUGCCUCUUUGAGCAAGGAUCUUCCGACGUUGCUAUAAGCUCGAAUAAGGAUGAAUUGAAGAGGGGCUUUGUGGCAGCUGUUCUAAUGCCUUCAGAUCAAGGAUUACUAUGUCUUACUGCUGACCAGCAGUUUCUAUUCUAUUCUUUAGAAAAAUCAGACGAGGAGGCUUUCUGCUUGAAGCUAAGCAAAAGACUUGUGGGCUACAAUGAAGAGAUUGUGGAUAUGAAGUUUUUGGGUGACGAUGAGCAAUUUCUUGCUGUAGCAACUAACAUUGAACAGGUGCGAGUGUAUGACCUCGCAAGCAUGUCAUGUUCCUAUGUCUUGACCGGUCAUUCUGAAAUUGUACUCUGCCUCGACACUUGUAUUUCUAGUUCUGGAAAAACUCUUGUAGUAACAGGAAGCAAGGACAACAGUGUUAGACUAUGGGAAAACAGUUCCUGUAUCGGCAUUGGUACUGGUCAUAUGGGAGCUGUUGGAGCUGUUGCAUUCUCAACGAAAAAAAACAAUUUCAUUGUUAGUGGUAGUAGUGAUCGUACAUUAAAGGUAUGGAGCUGGGACGGUCUGCAAGAAAAUGGUAACGAGAUCAUGAAUCUUAGAGCUAAAGCUGUUGUGGCUGCCCAUGAUAAGGAUAUCAACUCUUUGGCUGUUGCGCCAAAUGACAAUCUUGUUUGUAGUGGUUCACAGGAUCGUACUGCUUGUGUAUGGAGACUUCCUGAUCUAGUAUCCGUGGUAGUGCUUAAAGGGCACAAAAGGGGGAUUUGGUGUGUAGAAUUUUCACCAGUUGAUCAAUGUGUAAUCACAGCGUCUGGUGAUAAGACGAUAAAGAUAUGGGCAAUAUCUGAUGGUGCAUGCUUAAAAACAUUUGAAGGGCAUACAUCGAGUAUUUUACGUGUAUCGUUUCUUACUCGUGGGACCCAGUUUGUUUCGAGCGGAGCUGAUGGAUUGGUAAAGCUAUGGACAGUGAAAACAAACGAAUGCAUUGCUACUUAUGACCAACAUGAAGACAAGGUAUGGGCAUUGGCUGUUGGAAAGAAAACAGAGAUGCUUGCUACUGGUGGUGGUGAUGCUGUUGUAAAUCUGUGGCAUGACUCUACUGUUGAAGAUAAGGAGGAAGCAUUCCGAAAAGAAGAAGAAGGUGUUUUAAAAGGUCAAGAGUUGGAAAAUGCUUUGUCAGAUGCUAAUUAUAUCAAAGCAAUUAAGAUUGCUUUUGAACUUCGCAGACCCCAUAAACUUUUCGAUUUAUUUUCAGAACUUUUCAGGAAAAAACAUGCCGAGGAUCAGGUAGAUAAAGCUCUUCAGUCUCUUGGCAUAGAUGAACAGUAUCAACUUUUUGAAUACGUUCGAGAAUGGAACUCAAAGCCUAAGCUUUGCAGUGUUGCACAGUUUGUGCUUUCUCGAGUUUUUAGUACCCUUCCCCCUAAAGAGAUUAUUGAGAUAAAAGGCAUCAGCGAAAUACUUGAAGGACUUGUACCGUAUACACAGCGUCAUUUCAGUAGAGCAGACAGGCUCGAAAGAAGCACACUUUUGUUGGACUACACUCUUCACGGGAUGUCGGUUAUAGAACCACUAGAAACCAAUGAUAGUCAACGACUACCAAAUGGUGAAUCCGCACUUCAACAUUCUGAUGAAUUGGGAGAAGUUCUCAAUUCAGAACAAACAGAUACCCCUACAGAGGCAAAACAGUUGUCCUCAAAGAAACGUAAGUCGAGGAAAUCCAAAGAAAGUGGGAAAGUGAAAUCUAAGAAAGCAGUCCAGUAAUUUCAUAUUUUUGGCAAUUACAAGGAGUAGUUUAUUUAUUUCAUUAUUUGUAAUUUCAGUUUUGCUCGUCGAUUGUUUUGAGUUAAUUUAACAGUGUAUAUCUUUUUGCUGCUAUGUAUGGAACAGGUUACUUUCCGAACCAAAACCUGUAAUCUAAAGAGGAUAUAGCAUGUUGUGAAAUAGAACCUUUUCAGA